CCAGCCACCCUGGUCUGCACCGGGAAAAGUUUCCUACCCCUAGCAUUAGCCCCGCACCGGAGGAAACUGCGGGCGGUGGCGGUGACGAUGCUGCAGGACCGGUGCAGGUGGAUGGGCGUCAGCGCUCACAGGGGCCUGCUCAUCCUGGGCAUCCCGGCACUGGAGGCCGCCCUGUGGCCGGUGGGCCACUUUACCGUGCUGCGCAAAGUGUUUCGACAGCAGGAUAAUGCCACUGCGGCCCUGGUCGAGCUUCGCUGGAAAGUCGAUUAUGCUUUGGUCCCCAGGGAAAUCCCAAGCACUAGAGGUCCCUGGAACAUGGUCUUUGUGCCCCGAUGCUCAGGAGAGGAGUUUCUAGGUCGCGUGUUCCCCUUCCUGUGGCAACAGGGGCAGACGGUGGAGAGUGUGGCCGGUGCCCUGGGGCUGAGGCUGGGGCUGCGCAGGGUGUGCUGGCUCCCAUCCAUCAGUCAGGCGGUCCAGCCUUGGGUGAAGACCCUGCGGUACCAGCGCCUGGGCGUGUUUUCCGGGAGGGACCAGCCAGACCCCGGGGAGGAGUCCUUUGAGGUCUGGCUAGACCAUACCUCUGACAUGCUGCAUGUGUGGCGUGGGGUUUUGGAAAGGGAGAGGAGGAGGAAGAGGCAGGUGCUCACUCGGGCCAGCCACAUUGAGCCCCUGGAUGAAGCACUGAGCAAAGCUGAGAAUGGUUGGGAGGUCUCCACGUUUCAUGGAGAUGCUGAGGAGCGUUUGAGAGUCUGAGGCGUGGGAGGCCAGUCUAGCCAGGAGCAAGAGAGCCCAGGCAGGGGAAGGGGCUGCUGCCCGGGCCAAUCCCAGGCUGAUGCCAGAGCCAGAGCUAAGGCAGAGGAUGACAGUGUGCAGGAGGAACGGGGGGAGGUGCACGUCGACGACAAGGACCCCACACCUGCGCGCCCAGGUCAGGCGGCACCCUCAGAGGCCCCGGGAGGCCCCACUGCUCCCUGGAUGGGCAGGGCUUCCCCGGCGGGCCCAGGAGGUCCGGGCUGGGAGCACGAGGAGGGGCUCAAGUCCAUCCCAGACAAGCCAGGAAAUGAGGACGGGGCUGCGGAGAGAAGCAACUCCGAGUCCUCAUGUGGCCAAUAGGCUCAGCAGGCCCCGGGGGGCCCCCGGGCCCGGAGGCAGGAGGAGGCCAGGCCAGGCAGCCUCCUGGUCCCACAUGGGGAGCAGGGUGGAGGGAAGGGCCAGCCCAGCCCAGCUCAGCCCAGACCAAGCCCCUGGGUCCCCCCCACCAUCCCCAAGGGGCCCUGGCCACCACCAUCAGUCCUUCCAAGUGACCAAGAUGACCAUGUUUGACACCAAACCAGGCAGGGAGAGAUGCCCCCCUGCUUUGCCAUGGCAGCACCACAUCCAGCCCGAGCUCCAAAGCCUGCCAGCUCAGGUGGCUGACCUAGGAGCAGCCCUAAGUGACCAGCUCUCACCUAGGUGAGGGGCAAUUACAGAUGGCUGCCACCCACACUGGCCUGGGAGACGUUACGGGGCACCUCAAGGUGCCUGGGCCUCCCUCCUGAGAGGGGACCCCUAUUCAUCAUCCCCUGGGGCAGGUUGCUCCCUGUACUGGCAAGCCCAAAUGUGUCCCUCUAGGCCCCAGAGGGACCCAGGUGUCAAGGAACCCCCCAGCCCCCGCUCCCC